CUGAUGUCAUUUAUUGUAGCAACCUUCCAUGGUAACCUGGGAGUCCCUGGCUGCCAGCCAUUGUCACUAUAAGUGCAAGAGAGUGAGACAGCACUGUACUUAGGGACUUCUGAAUAGAAAAGCGGAGAACUCAGCAUGGGCUGUAAGAACUCCAGAAUCCAGGUGGUGCAACCUACAGAAGGGAGGAACAGCGGAUGGGACUCAAAAAGCAAAGUCCAGCCAGGGAGCCAGGAUGACAUUAAAGGAAACAAUAACAACAGUCACAGUGCCAGAGAUGGCUCUGCCUUUUCAAAAGGAACCAUGGAUAGUGGUUUGGGAAUUGAGGAUGAAGCAUCUGGGGCUCUUCCAGGGACAGUUACAGAGAAGUUGUCUUCUCCUAGAGGAAAACUGAACAAUGACUUGCCAUUGCUGAACAGUGCACUAGGAACUCCACGAGAAAGGCAGACUUCUUCUGAUAUUCUGGAAGAGCUUAUGAAUCAGGGCAUCAUACAGAGCCAGACCAAGGUUGUAAAGAAUGGAGAAGCUUUUGAUGUUUUGAUGGACACCCCAGGAAAACCUUUACGGAGGCCUCCAGCCAAGCUUGAAAAACUGCAAACUAUAAAAAAGAAAAACAAAAAUAUAACGAAGGAAGACAUUGAAACCAAAAUGAAGGCAGUUGAAGAAAGGCGAAAGACAAAAGAAGAGGAACUCAAGAAAAGGCUGAGAAGUGAAAGGCCAAUGACCGCAUUACAAAGCAUUAGUGAGCUAAGGGGCAGGGGCACAUUAACUCCUGAUGAAAGACAGGAAGAUGAUUCUACUGUUCCAUGUGAAACUCUAGCUGUGGAUGCAUCGGAAAAUGAAACGACUAUGGAACCAGCAAAGAAUGGGAUGGCUGAUGAAGAGGGUGAUGAAAUCGAUGCCUUGGAGUCUGACAAUACCUAUAACAAUAGUACUGAUGACAUUGAUGACACAGGGAAUAAUAGCUUCUAAAGCACACUGCUGAUAUAUUCAAAAUAUAUCAUUUUAUUAUCACAUUUUAGCAAGCAUUUGCACUAUUUAAUACAGCAGGUCUGGGAUAUGUGGUGUUGGGGCUUCCAGCAUCUUCUAAUGACUUCCAUGCUGUAGAUUUUUUUGUCUACCACUUGCACAAUGGCAGCCAGCACUUUAGCUACCAUAGAGGCAUACAUACAGCCGUUCCUAAUGGUGCUCACAUUGAUAAGUGCAUGAUCUGUUUUUAAAUAUUUUGGGGCAAAUCUGAUGUCUUUCUCAAAAAAACAUAAUUUUAGGGCAGUGGCCCAUGAUGGGGUUUGCAGACAAUGUCAAUUCUCUGGAAAAGAUAGAAAAAAAUUGCAGGAAUUGUCACUAUUUGCUUCCCAUAGUGUAUAGCAGACAUCACUGUCCUUAUGGCACACUAUUAAGUGAAAAUUUGGCCUGCCACAUUUUCAGGCAAUAGUUGCUAGUUGCAAUUUCCAUUUAUUGUAUCCAGAAUUCCGGGGCUUUUGUCACAGUUUACAGUUACCGCGUGUGACAGUCCAUAAAUGGGAAAUUCAAAAGUAUAAAAUGAAUUUGUAGAGAAGUCUAAUCUCAGGGCAUGAUUAUUAACAUUGUAAAAAAAUAUCUCCAGAGAUCUCCGGAGAUAUUGCCCAUGACAACCAAUCAGAACUUUGCUUUUGUUUUCUAAAGGUGGCCAUAAAUGCACAGAUAUUAUCAUACGAAACAAAGUUCGAUUUAUUGCCAAAACAUUGGCAAAAGACUUGGCGAUCGGUCGGCUCGUCGAUUGGCCAAGACAGAACAUUUUGACUAAUGGUCACAGGAAAAAUCGUAAUUGGUAUGUGUAUGGCCCACCUUAACUUGUAGAUUUAAAUCUAAUUGCUGAUUUAUUGCCAUGGACAACAUUUCCAAAGAUCGCCAAAGAUAUUUAUCUCUUAUCUCCAAAGUUAGUAAACAUGACUCAGAGUGCUUCUGCUGGUAAUGUUUAUUUUUUUCAUUACAUUUUUGAGGUUUUCCACAGGGAAUGUAUUCUAAGUUGAUAUCUGGAUGCUUAGGUUAGCUCUGACUAUAAAGCUAGAUUUUUAUUCAUCUUUCAGUCUGUCCACCAAAUUACUGCCUGCAAAACUUAGCAUCUGAAUAACAGAAGGACUAGCAAUUCCAAAAUGCAUAAAUUUAUCUUUACCUAUUUAUCUAGCGCCUUGAAAUAAACAAUUUUUUUUACACAGUAGGACUUAAGCUGCCGAUUUGUAGUAUUCAAACUGAUUUGACAGCUUAUCUGCCCAUGUAUGGGGCCCUCUGGCAGCCUAGACAAAUACAAGAGGUCAGGGCCGGACUGGAAGUAAAAAGCAGCCCGGGCAAAAUAAUCAAAGCAGCCCACAUGUAAAGACACUAUGUUUUGUACUCAUUCACACAUACAGUAUAUUGGGGUAAAACUGCAAAAAUGGUUAUAGGUGAUGUGCAUAAAGGGCUGCCUUUCUCGCUUAACUGUAAUUAAUGUAAAAUAUUACAGUUAUUAAUUAAUUAUUAUUAUUACAUUAUAAUACAGUAAAAUAUUAUUUAAUGGCACUACAUAAAUCUAGUGUGUCUAUAUUAACCACUUUGUUGAUUUGCCAUUUAUUAUAAGCCUUGAACAUUUUAUUUAAAAAUUACAAGGAUUCAAUAGUUCACCAUUAUAGUAUGGGGUAUAUUGCUUCUUAUAAUAUGCAAGUGAUAUGUGAUAUGCAAGUGAUACAAUCUGGACUGUUGGGGGGGGGGUGGUUUGGGGAGUUCUAGUUCAACAAGUGCUUUGUUUUUUAGUUUAACUGUUUAUUGCUAAGAAUGUUUCAUGCUGCGCAGGUACCAGACACAAUCUGGACUGUUGGGGGGGGGACUUGGUGAGUUCUAGUACAACGAGUGCUUUGUUUUUUGGUUUAAUGAUUAUUAAACCGAAAAAGAAAGCACUCGCUGAACUAGAACUCACCAAGUCCACCCCCCUCCCCAACAGUCCAGAUUGUGGCUGGUACCUGCGCAGCACGAAACAUUUUUAGCAAUAAACAGUUAAACUAAAAAACAAAGCACUUGUUGAACUAGAACUCCCUCCCCCCUCAACAGUCCAGAUUGUAACAGAUUGUGGCUAGUACCUGCGCAGCACAAAAUAUUUUAAGCAAUAAACAGUCAGUGAUCCCUCUCCCAGGCUCCCUUCCCGUGUCUAUAGCUUUAAACCUCCCCUACUGAGCAGUACCUCUUACUAGGAGCUGACAUGCCGACGGAUCACAAUGCAGAGAGGCAGGUCUAGACGAGACGAGUCACAUGACGAGCUGUGACGUCUCCUAUUCAAGUACACAGCCCAGCCAGCCCAGCGAAGCUGCGGGGAGGGGAGGGAGGGGGCGUGCUGUCACAGAGCACAGCAGCAGAGUCUCUCUCUCCUGCCCUAUUGGUGUGCCGUUUCUUUUUUUUCUUGCCUACAUUCAAGGCGACGGGAGGGGGAAACACACAACUCUGUUCAAGAGAGGCCCACUUGAACAAGAAAUAGAGCGGCCCCACGGGCAAUUGCCCGAGUUUACAGAUUGCCAGUCCGGGCCUGCAAGAGGUCCUCUGCACUCAACCCAUUAUCAAUAUAUUUAAGACAGAGACAUUUUGUGCAUACUGCUACUGAAAAAUGCCUUACCAUUUAUACAAAACAAGGAUUGUUUGUCCAUAUAUUGCAAUAUAUUUAAGCUGGCCAACUACGUCAAAGUCAUCCCAUAUCUGGCCAGUCCUACACUCAGUUUUCAUCUGAUUCAUUAAGAGUUCUAUUGCUUCAUUAUACUUUUUACAAAGGGACUAAGUUUUACCUGCAACUUACUAGCUGCUUUCAAAGUAAAACUCCCAAACUCGGCUGCCCUUUUAUUAGACACCAGUGGGAUCACCUGACUAUAGCUGGAAAGGGUAGGGGCACCAACAUGGAGUAGGUCACUGCUCCUGUAUAACUAUAACAACUAAUUUUUAAAACCAUUAGGCGGGGGUGCAAUGAGGCUGUGACCACAAAAUACAUAUAGACAAAUACAAGAGUCCUCUGCACUCAACCCAUUAUCAAUAUAUUUAAGACAGAGACAUUUUGUGCAUACUGCUAUUGAAAAAUGUCUUACCCUUUAAACAAAACAGGGAUUGUUUGUCCAUAUAUUGCAAUAUAUUUAAACUGGCCAACUACGUCAAAGUCAUCCCAUAUCUGGCCAGUCCUACGCUUAAUUUUCAUCUGAUUCAUUAGCCUCUGGCAGCCUACCCGACUGUUAUUUGCUUGUAAAUUUUGCAGAUGACGAUGGGCAGGUUGAUUUUCAUGUGUAUCAAGAAUCACAUCUGAUCUGUGCAUUGAUAUGGUCCUUGAUCUGACGGCUUAGGCUUGAGCAUGCUUUGGUGAGUGUUGUUGGGCUGAAAAGCCCUCAGACCUGCAUCUCCACAUGUAUCUCAUUAAUUUUAGUUGGAGCAGCAGGGGGCAGUGGUGGCCAAUUUUCAGCUGGCUGAAGUAGGUUAAAUGCCACCCAGCAUAAGCCUUAAUGACAUAUUCAAUAAUCACUUACAACCACUGAAUGCUUUUACUUUUCAUAUAGAAACAUUGGAACUACCUUUUUGAUGAGUGCACAGCAGUGUUGGUCUGCCUGCAGAAUUUAUAUUUUAUACAAAUAAUAAACGGAUCUAUUUUUUGUAAGAUUAUAAAGCAAUAGGUUUCGUUCCAGCAGCACCUUCUGUACAGUUUGUGAUCCUUUUAAAAAACUGUGAAUGCAUUCUAACAUCUAUUAAUGUACCACUUUCUGAGAAGCAGCGGGGCUGGGAUGGAAUAAAUAUGGAAUGAAUAUGGGCAAAUACAGGGUCAUUGCCAAAAUAAAAUCAUUUUUGCUUUCA